AUGGCUCCCCCAACUGCCACUGAGAUCCAGGCGAAUACCGUCAGCAUCCAGACACAGUCGUCCCAGGCGGCGGGUGUCGAAAAGGCCAAGGUCAAAAUGCCAAUGCCCAGUGGCCCAGUGUUUGAAGAUAAGCUGAAAGAACGGGAGUAUUUGAAGGGCCGCUUGGCGGCAGCCUUCCGAAUUUUUGGCGACAAGGGAUACGACGAGGGUGUUGCUGGUCACAUCACUGUUCGAGAUCCGGUUGAUCCGACAACAUUCUGGGUGAACCCCUUCGGGACGGCAUUUAAGUUGAUGAAAGCAUCGGACUUGAUCCAAGUGGACCAUGAUGGCAAAGUCAUCGCAGGAGGAGCAAACCGGAUGUUGAAUGCUGCUGCAUUCAUGAUCCAUUCCGCUAUUCAUGCAGCACGACCCGAUGUGAACUGUGCAGCGCACAGUCAUAGUCUUCAUGGACGGGCAUUCUGCUCGCUGGGCCGACCGCUUGAUAUCAUCUCGCAAGACGCCUGUGCUUUCCACAAUGACUUGGCACUCUAUUCAUCAUUCAAGGGAGUUGUUUUGGCGGAGGAAGAAGGCCAAAACAUUGCCAAAGCCCUUGGCAAUAAAAAGGCGGCCCUUUUGCAAAACCAUGGCCUUUUGACAGUUGGUAAUACAAUAGAAGAGACAGUAUUCUGGUUUGUGAGUCUGGAGAAGUGCUGCUAUGCACAACUUCUGGCGGACGCAGCAGCCGCUGGACGAGGCGGACAAACGGUGAAAAUCGAGGAAGCCGAUGCCGCAUUCACGUACCAAACAGUGGGGACUCCGAAGGCUGGGUGGUUCAGCGCAAAGCCCCUGUUUGAUGUGAUCCACGCAGAAACCAAGGGUGAAUAUUUGGAGUGA